AUGAACGUCCCUGUAGGCAUCACGACGAUGGAGAAGAGCAACCACCCGACGCCUCCCUGCGCGCGCAUUCGGUUGGACUUUGCAUGCGAUGACUGUCUCGACCGCAAGAUCAGUGGAUGCUCGGGCAACGGCAUCGGCGCGCGCCGGCAAUGCACGCGCGCGUCCGCGGGGGACUCCUGCACCACCUACGGCAUCCGCGGUGACUGUGCGCUCAUUCGCUCCCUCGUCAUCCCCCGCCUUUCCUUCCCUCCCGCUCUGCGAGCCAACGAGGACACUCGCGCUUCUACACUACCGUCCUUACACGCUUACGCCACCCGUACCCGCCUAAUCGACACCCUCUCCCGCGCACGUGCGCCUACCCUUGUCCGCGCCCGCUCGACCUCGCCCGCGCUCCCGCGAUCCCGCGCGCGCGACCACAACAAGUCCUCCUUUAGGUUAGGUUUUUCCCCCAACCCACCGGCUGAGCGCGACAAUUUCGGCAGUGCCGCGCGUCAGCUUCGUCGGACCACCGAGAUCGUCGCCCAGGGCGCGAUCGACUACAUCCUCACAUGGCUCGCGGAAGAAGACUUCGAGAUCGCGCCCGGCUGCAAGAGCCUCCUCUUGUCGCCCUUCCCUCACAUCCGCUCCUAUCCCGUGUACGCGAAGUGGGACCGCAAGCAAGCGCGCGCGCUCGCCGCCGCCGCCGCCGCCGCCUUCUACGGCGGCCCCGACAAAGAAUAG